UGUUACCUCUAAAAUUUUGCUUAUUAGAAUUAUGUUUACAUUGAAGGGUGAAGAUGUCAACCGGACACUUGAAGGUGGGAGGAAGCCUCUUCACUAUGCAGCAGACUGUGGACAGCUUGAGAUUCUGGAAUUUCUGCUAUUGAAAGGAGCUGAUAUUAAUGCUCCAGACAAACAUAAUAUCACACCACUUCUAUCAGCAGUCUAUGAGGGCCAUGUUUCCUGUGUGAAAUUACUUCUGUCAAAGGGUGCUGAUAAGUCUGUGAAGGGCCCAGAUGGACUAACUGCCUUUGAAGCCACUGACAACCAGGCAAUCAAAACUCUUCUUCAGUGACGGAUGGACUGAUAUCUUAAGUGUCUCUCCUGUGGCCUCACACUGCUGCCUGUCUGUCACUCUUUGCAUCUUCCAGCUUCUUCAGCUAAAUACUUCGGGGGGAGGGAAAUUCUUUAUGAAUCAGACUAGUUAGGGGCUUGUAUCAAAGAUAAUCUGUUUGGAGAGGGUUGAAAACUAUUAUGAACAGUGUCCCUCUAGUGGGACAAUCUCUUUUCAGUGCACAAUCUCUUCCCAUUUCUACUGAAAAUGGAAGAAGGAAGACAGACCAUGAUCUUGAAUUUUUUGGCUUGUAAACCUCCUAGGUUAGUACUAAGAUUUUUGUUGAAGGAUUCCUUUAGAUGGAAGUACUGUGCUAUGUACCUGAAACUAAUUGUGAAGGAGACAAUAGUCCCAUGCUAUUAGUGUCUGCUGUAAUCUGAAGUGUAGUAAUGUAGGUGGCUGGGUUGCUUUUCUCUCUUCUCUCUGUGGGUAGCUUUCUUCUUCUGCCUAAAGCUUAUGUUGCAGUUUUGAGGACUUUUGAUACUAGUUAUUGGAGCUGUUCUUUAUAUUGACUAAUUGGAUGUCACACUAGUGUUUUUCUGAUUCUUGAGUAAAUCAGGAAAGAUCAGUUGAGACAUGAUACACUCCAGAAUAUCUGCCAAGGUACUUUUGGGUGCUUGAAUUUGAGGUUUCUUUCCCAUGUUUGUUCUAGUCCAGGACAGAUGUUCUAAGCAACUGUUUUUGAGAGAGUUCAAAAUGUCACUGUAGUUAUUUCCAAAAGGAUUGUAAGAUGGAAUUUCUUUACUCACCAUGUCACCAUAAAAUGUAUAGACAUGUGCGAAAGCUACAGGCUGUUUGCUAUGUAAGAAUAAUCUAGUCACAUGUGGAAAACGAAUGGUAAUUAUUUGGACAUUCAUAUCAGGUGAAUAUUGUUGAUAAACUUUUCUGGUAAACUUUUAAAGUGCACGUAAGCCUUCUAAGUUCAGGUGUUAGGAACAAGAAGAUGUACAAGUAGAAGUCUUAACUUGCUCUAACUACUGGAGGAAAAAAACCCAAACCUUUUAAAUUUUGCAUAUCUUUGAAUCAUUUUCAUUGAUCACAAAAUGAACCUCUUAAAUUUCAUUAAAGCAUGGGUCUUGUUUUGAAAGUUCCCAGUGCAACCAUACCAUACUAACCACUGAAUUCUGGAUAAGAUUUACUAUAUCAGUAAUUAUGAUAGCCUUGAUUCAUGGGAAGGUAUUUAAUGAUGUUCUAGAGAUUCCUGUCACAUCUUAGGGUCCUCAGGAAUGUCUGAGCUUCUGGCUUUCAUCAAGAAAAUUUUCAUUAGGCUGCUGAUUACGGAAAACUGGUUUUAUAGCAGAAAAGUGUAUACCACAAACUGUACAUCUUCUUUUUUGGAAUAUAGAUUUCAAACUUCCUGAUAACAUGAACAAUACAGAAAACAAAUGUAUAUAAUGUCUCAUGCUGAAUUCUUAAACAAAAGUAGCCGAUAUUAUUUUGAUAUCACUGAAAUUAAGAGGAUAUGUAGAAGUAGGCUGGUGACUACCACUUGUAUUUAAUGGAGACCUAGUUUUACUUGAAUCCUGUUGCAUAUUGUGAUUGAAUGUCUCAGCUAUGAAAAGCCUUGUAUUUAGACUGUAAAAUGAGAGAAGAGAACUGAUCUACAUGUACACAUCCCAUAAGAAAAGCAAUGAAGAUAAGUCAACUCUGGCCAUAAACUGUACAAUGCAAUUACUCUUUGCUUGUUGGAGCUGAGUGGCAAGGAAGAGCAGAAAGGUUGGAAAUAAGUGAUAAAUCAAUUGGUGAGCUGCUGAUAAAAAAAAAAAGCGCAUGUUUGGUGAACAGUGCUUUUAAUGACUAUUUAAAGAGAACUCUUUAAUCUUUGAUCAGUGCUGGAUUGUCAUGUCAUUGUAAUAGUGUGAACGCAGACUGUAGGUUUAACUCUUUAUUCAUCUAUGAAAGUAGCCAUCUUUGGCAUAAAUUUGCCUCCAUAUUAUGCUAUUAAAUACUUAGCUGAUAAAAUACUAGUCUAGAAAACUGCAAUCUGUUUUUAUGUGGAAAACUUGAUUAUUCAAGUUUUGUGUUGAUUAAUGUCGAGUUGUCUGGCCAUAGUCUUUUCUUUUUGUUGUUUUUCUCUCUAUUCUUUCCUGCCCUUCCCUUCAACUCAUUUAAGUGAGCAUUAUAGUAAAGAAACAUCAUCUUUGUACUAACUCUUCUGGUGAUUCACUGAGGCUAUUUUGCCUCCCUUUUUCUACAGUUAUGUGGACACCUUUAUUUUUUUCUUGCUUCACUUGAGGAAAAAACGUGCAAAUGAACUUCAGUGAGACAAGUAUUAAUUUGGCUGUAAUAUAUACCCAAGCUGCCUUUUGAGAUAGUUAAAAGAUGGCAUUUAAUGUUUGGCUCAUAAAGAAAUAUUUUGAUUUUUGCACUACAUAAAAGGUGAUUUGAUCAUUUUGCCCAGAGUUUAAAAAAAGUAAUAAUAAAAGCUUAUGUUUUUGUAAUUGUCUAAAAAGUGGGCUUAUUCAUUUGUUCCCUUGUUAGCUAUAUUGUGGGAAAAAAUAAUGGGUGGCUGCCUCUAUCUUUGAGUAUCUCCUAACUAGAUGAAAACACCAAACUCUAAAUUAUUUUACAUUCUAUAAACAGAAUUUAAAUACUCUGUCAGACUGGAAUCACAUAUACUUUGGAAAUCUUUCUUAGGUUCUUAAACCUUUUCCUUUUAAAUUUGUGCUGAGUAAGUUAUAACCUUAAGUAUAUUUUGGAUUUUGUAUCCCCUGCUCCUUUUACUUAAGGGGGAGCAAAUGGGAAAAGGAGUACAGUAGAUAAAUGGAAUUUUAUCCUUGAACAUAACAUUGAAUUAUUUGUAGAAGAGGCUGGUAAGAAUGGAGUGUCCUAGGUCAAGCAAUUGCAGUGUUGCAUGCAAAAUUUCAAAAUGAACUUGUCUUAAUUAUAUUUUGUAAAUGGAUAAACAAUCAUCUUUCUACGCAGUGACGGAAAAAAUUAGUGCUUUGUGCAUUUUGAUAUUUGACUUCUUUUCACCAUUGUUAACUGUUUUGACACAGUUGGGUUCAUUAUUAUCAUGGUUCAUAGAAUCAGAAUGCUAAAUGAUACUGUAUUUUUAAGUUUGUGUUGCAAGAAUGAAUGGAAUAAACUUGAAUUGUGCGAUAUAA